CUAAAGUGUGGGAACACCAUAGCCUCUGAGAUUCCCACGAUCCAAGAUCCAACAUGGGCCUGUUAACUCGCUCGGCUCCACACCUGGGUCCGUUAUAAAAGCCCAUCCCCUACCAUUUCCACAGUCAUUCAGAGUUUAACUCUCGAUACGUUCACUACGCGCACACCAGUGUUACGAGUGUCGUCGGAAAUGUCGUACGAAAUGUUGUCUUCCACCGUCGAAGAACCGCAACCUAUCUCAAGAACUUAUCAGUACCGAAAGGUCAUGAAACCGAUGCUGGAGAGGAAAAGGAGGGCUAGAAUAAACCGCUGCCUCGACGAACUCAAAGAACUUAUGGUCACAGCCCUACAGAGUGAAGGAGAAAAUGUGUCGAAAUUAGAAAAAGCCGACAUUCUGGAAUUAACAGUGCGUCACCUCCACAAACUUCGAAGGCAACAGAGAUUGUCCACCAACCCCGUCAUCGACGCUGACCGCUUCAGGGCUGGUUACACCCACUGUGCCAACGAGGUGUCCAGGUGCCUGGCGGGAACUCCUGGGGUCGACAUCCAACUGGGAACCAAACUGAUGACCCACCUAGGACACAGGCUGAACGAAAUGGACAAAGUGUCGCCGCUAGUGAUCCAAGUGUCUUCGCCGUACACUCCCCCCGUGUCUCCUAACCUGGAGCACCCCUACACGAUGCCUUUGACGCCGGCGUCGUCGAACUCCUCCAGGUGUUCGCCGUCGCCCAACCAACCCAUGGAUUGUUCCACGGCGGGACUUCUGAAAGUCGCGCAGAAAGAAGAGGUCUGGAGGCCCUGGUGAUUUUUUUCCUAAAAAUUCAAAUCUCACAAUGUGUCUUUCGUUACAAAUUGUUGCUCAAUCGCUUUAACUUAGGUAUAGUAUAGAGAAAUAUUAGUUUUUAAUCUUGAAGCUUUAAAUUUAACGUUAGGUUUGAAAUAGAUUUACUUUUUAUGUGAUAUUAUUUAUCGGUACCUGUGAUUUUAAGAGGCAAUUUAAAUGAUCUAAAUCAAAAAUGUUACGAAGCCUUUAUAGUUUUUUAUGUGUGUAUUGCAAGCGAUACUGUGAUACCAUUUCUGUAUUUGAUACUGAAAAUACAUUUGAAUAAAUAUGAAUUGUUACUAUUAUA